UUUGACAUGUUUACUCUCAUAACUCUUUCUAAGAAAUGAAGAAACUCAAGAAAACAAGGAGGUCAAGAAGAACUAGAAAAGAUGACUAUGAUCAUGAUGAUGAAGUGGAUGGCCCAGUUAUAGAUGAAUCUCAGCUGUCAGCAAAAGAGCUUCUAGGGUUGCAACAAGCUGAAGAACGUUUGAAGCGAGACUGCAUUUACAGACUGAAGAAGCAACCUCGAAGCUAUCCAUCAGCAAAAUAUGCCUGCAAGUUGUGUGAUGUUUUGAUUGAGUCAGUGGCUUUUGCUCAUAAACAUAUUAAGGAGAAGAGACACAAGAAAAGCAUAAAGGAAAAGCAAGAGGAACAGAUGCUGAGCACCCUGCCUCCUCCAACAGCUUCACAGAUUAAAGCUAUUGGUGUUGCCAUUGAAAAUGUAGUACAGGAGUUUGGCUUAAGUAAUGAAGAUUUAGAAAAAAGGCUCAACAUUAAAACAGUGAUGGAAGAUGUGCUGCACCAAAAAUUGCCAGAGUGCUCAUUAAGAUUGUAUGGCUCCUCCUGUAGUGGAUUUGGUUUCAAAACUUCAGACAUAAACAUAGAUAUCCAGUUUCCUGCCAGUAUGAGUCAACCAGAUGUUCUCUUAAUUGUUCAAGAAAGUCUGCAGAACAGUGAAUCAUUUAUUGAAGUUGAUGCGGAUUUCCAUACUAGAAUACCAGUGCUGGUGUGCAGAGAAAAGCAAAGGUCUCUGUUGUCACUUUGUGUGUUCAAAUAGUAUAUAGCUAUGUAAAUUGUGUACCAACAUCUGACAAAUGACAUUUCAGUACUAAGUUAUUACAGUUCUGUAAUAAUGAAACAUAAACUAACACUCAUGGGCAAGUCAUUCCUAGUCUAGAAUAAGAGUGUAAGGGUUGUUCUGUCCUCAGCUGCGUAUUUCCCAGUCCUUUCAACCAUUACGGUUUCCAGUAUAUGCCUUUACUGCUCCAUUUGGGAUAACUGCUUAACAGGAGUUCCAUUG